GUUACCUUUGCAGGAUUCCCUCCUGUCCUCUGUUGUCUGUUUCUUUCAUGAAUAUUCUCUGCAAUUUCUUGAACAAGGCGGCAAGUGGCAUCAUAAUUCUGUAACCUACAAAAACCAGGGCACAUGGAAAACAUUGGGAAGUAUACCACCACUGGAGACUGUCUUGUCAUUGAUAUAGAGGAGAACUUGACAUUUGCAGAGGAGAAUACUGUACCAGGCAGCAUGAUCCAUGUUUCAAGAACGCCCAAGUUCUCCACUUGUGGGACUAUAAGUUUAGAUCCGUCUCCUAUGGAAACAACCGCUGUCCCGGACCAGGACUUGAGCUCAGCAGCCAGACACAGACGACCCAGGUCCCAUUCCUACUACAGCCCAGAGGACGCCAAAAAGUAUGGCGUCGAGACGGCGACAGAUGAGAACGUUGUCAGGCCACGCUCCAGGUCUUUCUAUAGUUAUGAGACGUCUGAGCUCUACAGAGAGGGGAACUUUACCAGGUCCAACGCCAUGAGGCCGAGAUCCAACUCCCUGGAGAAGAGUGGGGACAGGAAGAUGGAGAAUAGUGCGGAUGGGAAUCAGGGGAACAUGGCUCGGCUCAACAAGAGAUCCAAGUCCAACACCAACAAACACUUGCCAUUCAGAGAUCUCAAUGGCAGAAGAGGCAGUCUGAAGGGUGUCCCCAUGAUGACCAUCUCUGAAUCAGAGAACUGGGAGAUCAGCUCCUGUUCUGGCAUGAAGUAUGGCCAGUUUGUGGACUGGGAGAAGAUCGACCCUGAAUCUUCAGAGCGCUACCAGAGGAUUCUGAAGUCGGACCACCAGGAGCUGAAGACCAUGGGUCGAUCAGGGUUCUGGGCCAUGCCCCAUACACUAAGGGCCAAGGCCUAUUAUCAUAUAAUUCAUGGUAUCAACUGCAGGGCCAUCAACCCAGAUCGAGAUCGUUACCAGGAUGUGGCCAAGAAGCUCUUCGGGGAGCAGAAGAUGAGCACACACCCGUUCCCUGAGUACAUGGAUGAUGGCGUGAUCCCUAGGUACUGCCUCAACGAAGCUGGUCUCAAUUCUGUCAAAAAGGUCCUCCUCUGCAUCGGCAAGCACUUUCCGGACAUCAACUUCUGCCCAAUCCUCCCAGCCUUGGUGUCUCUCCUCCUGCAUUUCAGUGAAGAUGAAGCCGAGUGCUUCCACAGUAUCUGCCGCCUUAUCGCCUACAAUGACCCCAACAAGCGCUACAUCGACCAGACAUUCCUCACCUACCGGGCCUCCUGCAUGACCUUCGGCGACUUGGCCAACAAGUACUGCCGCGGCAUCCGCAAGCUCAUCGCCAGCUCCCACCAGAACCUCUUUGAGUUCUACUCUGAUUGGAUCAUGUGGAUCUUUGCCGACCUCCCCUUCACAUACGCUAUCAGGGUCCUGGAUGUCUAUCUCCUGGAGGGUUAUAAGGUUCUCUACAGGGUGGCUCUGGCUCUUCUCAGCUUGUACAAGGUCUCGGUUUCGUCUCGUGUCGCCGACGUGGAGGACUUCAGGCGAGACAUGAAGAGCUUUGUGGAGAAUGUGGCACGUCACUGCACGGUGGAGAAGCUGCUGGAGCGGGCCUUCAGUGUCCAACUGGCCACGCGGAGGGAGCUCAACCUACUGUUCAACGCUAACAAGGACUCUCUCAUGCAGAAGGGUAUCAGUAUCCACCAGAAAAGGCAGUCGUGCCAGGUAGUGGAUUUUGACAGCUUCAGCUCCAGCGUUGUCACAGGGACAGAGAUGAGGAUUGUCUGGGCCUGGAUCCCUGAACGCUUUGCCCUCUUCAAUCCCAAAAGGCUGUUCAGCACCAACGAACAUGGCCGAAGCCUGGCCUCAUUUUAUUCCUGUGUUGAGGGGCAUGAGCCAGCGAUCUUGCUUCUGAAAACUGUGGAUGAAGAGGUCUGUGGUGCCUUCCUGUCGACAGAUUUGAUUGAGCGGAAAAAGUAUGAUUCAGAAGAACCUGUGUAUUUUGGGACUGGGGAGAGCUUUGUUUUCACGCUUCGUCCAGGCAUGGAGCGCUACCAACGGGCUGUGGUUCACAUUACGGCCAAGAGACAACCUUCUCCAGACCUUCGAGCUGCUCGGGUCUGUGUAUACACUUCCUCUGGUAAAGAGGACUCCUCCUCUACCCCACUCUCCACCACCUCUACUACCAACCACACCACCCUGACCUGUCCAUCCGGGACCCUCCAGGUCCCCAGCUACCUGACCAUCCCCUUCACCGCCUCCUCCCCCGGACCUCUCUCCCCCUCACCCAAGAGGGCCAAGGAACAAGGGGCCUCCAUGUUCAUCGCCGGAGACCACGAAAGGCUAGUCAUUGGUGGAGAUGGGGGUCACGCUCUCUGCCUCCAGGCUGAUCUGGAGGGGGGCUACACGGAGCGAUGUGACACCUUCGAGAGCGCCCCUCUCUGCAAGAGACACUUCAAGAUCCGAUCACUGGAAGUGUGGGGAAUUCAGAACUCUAUCUCGUUCUCACACUACUUCUCUUACUGUCAUUAAAAGAGGAGGCUGACAUAUGUUUCCCCCUCUUAUAUGAAAUUCUCCUAAUUUCUCCUAAUUCCAUUUCUCCUAAUUUCUCCUAAUUCCAUUGUCCAUUUGAUUAGACUGUAUUUUUCUUAGUUAUCUGUGUUGAUGACAAUGACCCAUAGGCUAAACUAAACAGGGUUUUUACAGUGCAUUCGGAAAGUAUUCACAAUGCUUGACUUUUUCCAUAUUUUGUUAUGUUACAGCCUUAAUCUAAAAUUGAUAAAAUCAUUUUUUCCCCUCAUCAAUCUACACAUAAUGACAAAGCGAAAACAGGUUUUUAGACAUUUUUGUAAAUGUAUUCAAAAUAAAAAACUGAAAUAUAACAUUUACAAAAGUAUUCACACCCUUUACUCAGUACUUUGUUGAAGCACCUUUGGCAGCGAUUACAGCCUUGAGUCUUCUUGGGUAUGCUUGGCACACCUUGGCACACCUGUAUUUGGGGAGUUUCUCCCAUUCUUCUCUGCAGAUCCUCUCAAGCUCUGUCAGGUUGGAUGGGGAGUGUCGAUGCACAGCUCUUUUUAGGUCUCUCCAGAGAUGUUUGAUCGGGUUCAAGUCCAGGUUCUGGCUGGGCCACUCAAGGACAUUCAGAGACUUGUCCUAAAGCCACUCGUGCAUUGUCUUGGCUGUGUGCUUAGUGUUGUUGUCCUGUUGGAAAGUGAACCUUCACCCCAGUCUGAGGUCCUGAGCUUUCUAGAGCAGGUUUUCAUCAAGGAUCUCUCUGACGGAUCUCACCCAGUCUCUGCCACUUUAAAAAAUCCCCACAGCAUGAUACUGCCAUCACCAUACUUCACUGUAGGGAUGGUGACACUUGGCAUUUAGACCAAAUAGUUCAAUCUUCAUCAUCUUGUUUCUCAUGGUCUGAGAGUCCUUUAGGUGACUUUUGGCAAACUCUAAGCGGGCUGUCAUGUGUCUUUUACUGGCUUCAGCUGGCCACUCUAAAGGCCUGAUUGGUGGAGUGCUGCAGAGAUGCUUGUCCUUCUGGAAGGUUCUCCCAUUUCCACAGAGGAACUCUGGAGCUCUGUCAGAGUGACCAUCGGGUUCUUGGUCACCUACCUGACCAAGGCAAAUUUUCCCCCGAUUGCUCAGUUUGGACUGACGGCCAGCUCUAGGAAGAGUGUUGGGGGUUUCAAACAUCUUCCAUUUAAGAAUGAUGGAGGCCACUGUGUCUUGGGGACCUUCAAUGCUGCAGAAAUUUGGUACCCUCCAGAUCUGUGCCUCGACACAAUCCUGUUUCGGAGCUUUUCUGACAAUUCCUUUGACGUCAUGGCUUGGUUUUUGCUCUGACAUGCACUGUCAACUGUGAGACUUUAUAUAGACAGAUGUGUGCCUUUCCAAAUCAUGUUCAAUCAAUUGAAUUUAUCACAGGCGGACUCCAAUUGUCACGACUAGUCAAAGUGGGUGGAAUCAGGCGCAGAGAGCAAAUAGUGAAUAGUAGUUUAUUCUCCGGUGAACAAAAAUAAACACGGACAACCCAAAAAACAAACAGGGUGAAAAUAUCCAAAACAGGAUAACAGACAAACCGGAGAAAUAAAACACAAAAACACCGACAGCCGAAACGAAAAUGACAAAAACAAACAAUCCCGCACAAAACAAGGGCGGGACAACCUACAUUAUAUACAGAUACUAAUUAACUACCACACAGGUGAAAACAAUCAGACAAAACCAACAGAUAACCGAAAAGGGAUCGGUAGUGGCUAAUAGGACGGUGACGACGACCGCCGAGCACAGCCUGAACGGGCAGGAGAGCCAACCUCGGCGGAAGUCGUGACACCAAUCAAGUGGUAGAAACAUCUCAAGGAUGAUCAAUGGAAACAGGAUGCACCUGAGUAAAAUUUUGAGUCUCAUAGCAAAGGGUCUGAAUGCUUGUGUAAAUGAGGUAUUUCUGAUUUUUAUUUUUAAUACAUUUGCUAAAAUCCUACAAACCUUUUUUUGCUUUGUCUUUAUGGGGUAUUGUGUGUAGAUUGAUGAGGGAAAAAAACUAUUUAAUCAAUUUUAGAAUAACAAAAUGUGGAAAAAGUAAAGGGAUCUGAAUACUUUCUGAAUGCACUGUAUUUGAAUUGUAUGCUAUGUUUGUUUGUUGAUUAUUCAUAUACUUCUCGAUGAAUGUAUAUAUUUGUGCAUAUAUUAAUGGGGUUGCAAAGGGAGGAUAUACGUGGCCUUCAGAAAGUAUUCACAUCCCUUUACUUUUUCCACGUUGUUCUGUUACAAAGUGUGAUUAAAAUUGAUUUAAUUUCAAUUUUUUGUAAAAUAUCUACACAACAUACUCUAAUGUCAAAGUGAAAGAAAAGAAAAACUAUCAUUAUUAUUAGAAAUUAACCCAGCAAUACUUGUUGAUUAAAUAAGUAUUCAACUCUCUGAGUCAAUACAUGUUACAAUCCCCUUUGGCAGCUAUUACAGCUGUGAGUCUUUCUGGGUAAGUCUCUAAGAGCUUUGGACACCUAGAUUGUACAAUAUUUGCCCAUUAUUCUUUAAAAAAUGUGUCAAGCUCUGUCAAGUUGGUUGUUGAUCAUUGCCAUACGGCCAGUUUCAAGACUUGCCAUGGAUUUUCAAGACGAUUUAAGUCAAAACUGUAACUAGGCCACUCAGAAACCUUCAAUGACAUCUUGGUAAGCAACUCCAGUGUAUAUGUGCCCUUGUGUUUUAAGUUAUUGUCCUGCUGAAAGGUGAAUUUGUCUCCCAGUGUCUGUUGGAAAGCAGACUGAACCAGGUUUUUCUCUAGGAUUUUGCCUGUGCUUAGCUCUAUUACGUUUCUUUUUAUCCCCCCCAAAAACUCCCUAGUAUGACAAGCAUACCAAUAACAUGAUGCAGCACCACCAUGUUUGAAAAUAUGAAGAGUGGUACUCAGUGAUGUGUUGUGUUGGAUUUGCCACAAACAUCAUAUUUAGGACAAAAACUGAAAUUCUUUGCCACAUGUUUUGCAGUAUUAUUUAGUGCCUCGUUGCAAACAGGAUGCAUGUUUGUGAAUAUUUUUUUAAAUUCUGUACAAGCUUCCUUUUACUCUGUCAUUUAUGUUGGUAUUGUAGAUUUAUGUUUGUGUUGUUGAUCCAUCCUCAGAUAUCUCCAAUCACAGCCAUGAACUCUAACUGUUUUCAAAUCACCAUUGACUUGGUGUAUUGAUACUCCAUCCAAAGUAUUAAAUUAAUAACUGCACCAUG